CACAACGUGUUUCUCAAAUAGUUAAAGUUAGAGCCUUUUCAUUGCUACACAAGCAAAAAUGUUCCCCAAAGGAAUGACAACGAUAGCACGCAGAGGCAUCCAUAACAUGCAGAAGCUAUAUGCUGAAAAAUUAACUCCUGCUUCCACCGAACAAGGCCAAGAUCGCGUGAUACGGGCUGCACUUUCACUUGUAAAAGAAAAUGCAAAGCUCAAGGGAGAACUUGUGCGUACUUACGGAGGUGCAGUAGCUACUGCAACUCUAUUGGGAGUUCCUUUGGGACACAAUUCUUCAUUCCUUCAAGGGCCUGCAUUUGCACCUCCUCACAUUAGGGAGGCCAUUUGGAGCCAUAGCUCAAACUCAACAACUGAAGAAGGCAAGGAUCUAAAGGACCCACGAGUGCUAGUUAGUGUUGGUGAUGUUGCUGUUCAAGAAAUUCGAGAAUGUGGGGUAGAUGAUCACAGAUUGAUGAAUGCUGUUAGUGAAGCUGUCAAGACUGUGAUGGAUGAGGAUCCAUUGCGUCCCUUAGUUUUAGGUGGAGAUCACUCAAUAACAUAUCCAGUUGUUAAAGCUAUCUCUGAGAAGCUUGGAGGACCAGUUGAUAUUCUUCACUUUGAUGCACAUCCUGAUCUCUAUCAUUUAUUCGAAGGAAACUUUUAUUCCCAUGCUUCUUCUUUUGCUCGAAUCAUGGAGGGUGGCUAUGCUCGGAGACUCUUGCAGGUUGGUAUAAGAUCAAUAACAGCUGAAGGGCGUGAACAAGCCCAGAAAUUCGGGGUAGAGCAAUAUGAAAUGAGAACAUUUUCAAGGGAUCGCGAAAUGUUGGAGAACUUGGAACUAGGACAAGGUGUUAAAGGUGUGUAUGUCUCAAUAGAUGUGGAUAGUCUUGAUCCAGGGUAUGCUCCAGGAGUGUCUCACAUUGAAUCAGGAGGUCUUUCUUUCAGAGAUGUGAUGAACAUCCUUCAGAAACUUAGAGGUGAUAUUGUUGGCGGCGACGUGGUUGAAUACAACCCACAAAUGGAUACUGCUGAUGAUAUGACUGCUAUGGUUGCUGCUAAGUUUGCCAGAGAACUUGCGGCAAAGAUGUCAAAGAUGUCAAAGUGAUCCAUGAAUCUCCUAAGGCUUGUUUUUCAGUGUGGCAUUUAGUUUUCUCCAGGUUUUAAUCAUCAAUAAAAUGGUACAGAUGUAUGUACCUGUGCUUUAUCUAUUGGUAAAGGUUGUGCAGUACAAUGCACUCAAACAUGCAUGUAUUUAUUGUUCUUAGCAUAUCUCCAAUGAACUUGAGUUUUAGCUAGUGAGUUUUCAUAUUGUAAUGUUUGUUUCCAUGUACUCAAUUUGAAAAUUAAAGCAA